AUGCUUUCUAACAACUUAAUAUUUUGUGUUUCUGUAAUCCUAGCAAUAUCUGUAGUUAUACUUCUAGCUACCAUUUCACCAUUACCUCAUAGAAAAUCCUCUUCAAGACUAGCUUUAUCUUUAUACAUUCAAAAACCACAAACCACAACUGUGCCAAAUACACACAAUGUGGCACCACAAGAUGCCGGCGCGUUAAUUUUUCAUCGUGUUUUAACUGAAGGGCCCAAGAAUACUUCACGCGUCAUUGGCAAAGCUCAAGGCUUCAUUAUCCCGGUUGAACAAUUUGCACGCUCGGGGUUCAACAUUAUUUAUCUUACUUUUGAUACACAUGAAUACGCGGGUAGUGUUAGUAUUCAAGCCAAAAACUUAGGAAAUGAGCGGAAAGAUGAACUAACUGUUGUUGGGGGUACGGGCUCUUUUGCUUUCGUACGUGGAAGAGCUGUUUUGACACAAAAUGAUGAUCACGAUACUGAUCUUGUUGUACCACAUCAUAUUAAACUGCAUUUGAAGUAUCCUAAUCGGUCUAAAAUGAUACAAGGAUGA